AUGGAAGGGUUACAUACACCAACGUGGCAUUUCCCUACGGACUUGCCAACAGAUUCCGCAAGAUCCGAGGGAGAUCAGAACCCUGAAGAUACCCAGCACGCUGGUGACUCAGGUGCUACCUCUGAAUCUCCUAAGAGACAUUAUCCGGAUCGCCUUUGUCGCAUUUGCCUGGAGUCCGUGCCUCCAACCUAUGUUCCCCCUUCGGAACAUGUGCCUGGCUUCCUCCAGCGCGGGCCUCAAGUCGUGUAUCUCUCUGAAGAUCCAGAGCUCGGACGUCUUCUCAAACCGUGCAAAUGUAAAGGCUCAUCCCGUUAUGUCCAUGAGGGUUGCCUUCAGACCUGGCGACUCUCCAGUCAUGAUAAUGCACGCUUCUACAAUUGCCCGACCUGUGGCUUUCGAUACCGGCUAGAGCGCCUCACCUGGUCGCGUUGGAUUAAUAGCACACUCAGCCAGGUGGCUCUGACUACCCUCGUCUUAAUGUUGACUAUUUUCUUGCUUGGUUUCAUUGCUGACCCUAUCAUUAACUUUUACAUCGACCCCGUGGAGACGGUAUAUUAUGGCGAUUUCUGGGAAGGCAGUAGCUUAGCCGGCACCAAAAAGCCCACCUGGGUCGAGCACUUUCUAAAGGGAAUGACGUCGCUAGGACUGUUAGGUUUCAUUCAGGCACUUUGGGGGCUUGCUCCGUGGUACUCAGUACGAUCGUCCGCCAUUGCGCGUGGUCGCGGCAACACCGGAAGAGAUCGAAUGUCUUCUAUACGUUGGCUUGUUGUCGUAAUCGGUAUCGCCAGUUUUUUCUGGGCUGUGUACAAAGGCGUCAGGGCCUGGAGCCGCUUGGCGUUGGACAAGGCCAGUGGGCGUGUGAUAGACGUUCCGUCGCCUGAUGAUGAGGAAGAAAUAGACGCUGCAAAGGAAACCCGGCCGAAUCCCGAGUAG